CUCUGUACCAGCCUCCACAACCCUGCUCAUCUCAAGCACCUGCCUCUACAGCAGUGAGCACAGAUGGCCUGGUCCCCGAUAGCUACAGAGCUGCUCCUGGUCUCCGCCGUCUUCUGCCUGGUACUCUGGGUGGCCAGGGCCUGGCAGCCUCGGGUUCCCAAAGGCCUGAAGAGUCCCCCAGGGCCAUGGGGAUGGCCCUUGCUGGGGAACGUGCUGACCUUGGGGAAGACCCCACACCUGGCGCUGACGAGGCUGAGCCAGCAAUACGGGGAUGUGCUGCAAAUCCACAUUGGCUCCACACCCGUGCUGGUGCUCAGCGGCCUGGACACCAUCCGGCAGGCCCUAGUGCAACAGGGGGAUGAUUUCAAGGGCCGGCCUGACCUCUACAGCUUCACUCUGGUUACUGAUGGCCAAAGCAUGACCUUCAACCCAGACUCUGGACCAGUGUGGGCUGCGCGCAGGCGCCUGGCCCAGAACGCCCUGAAGAGCUUCUCCAUCGCGUCAGACCCGGCUUCCUUGUGCACCUGCUACCUGGAAGAGCACGUGAGCAAGGAGGCAGAGGCCCUCCUCGGCAGGCUGCAGCAGCGGAUGGCAGAGGCGGGGCGCUUUGACCCCUACAACGAGGUGCUCUUCUCCGUGGCCAGUGUCAUUGGUGCCAUGUGCUUUGGGAAGCGCUUCCCUCAGAGCAGUGAGGAGAUGCUCAGCCUUAUAAGCAGCACCAAUGACUUUGUGGAGACGGCCUCCUCUGGGAACCCUGUGGACUUCUUCCCCAUUCUCCGGUAUCUGCCGAACCCUUCCCUGCAGAAAUUCAAGGCCUUCAACCAGAAGUUCUUUCGGUUCCUGCAGAAUAUUGUCCAGGAGCACUACCAGGACUUUGACGAGAGCAACAUUCAGGACAUCACAGGCGCCCUCCUGAAGCACAAUGAGAAGGGCUCCAGAACUAGUGCUGGUCACAUCCCCCAUGAGAAGAUCGUCAACAUUAUCAACGACAUUUUUGGGGCCGGAUUUGACACCAUCACAACGGCCAUCUCCUGGAGCAUCAUGUAUCUUGUGACAAACCCUGAGAUACAGAGAAAGAUCCAGGAAGAGUUGGACAGAGUGAUUGGCAGGGCCCGGCAACCCCGGCUCUCCGACAGACUCCAGCUGCCCUACCUGGAGGCCUUCAUCCUGGAGCUCUUCCGACACACCUCCUUCGUCCCCUUUACCAUCCCCCACAGCACAACAAGGGACACGAUACUGAAAGGCUUCUACAUCCCUAAAGAACGCUGUGUCUUUGUAAACCAGUGGCAGGUCAAUCAUGACCCAAAGGUGUGGGGAGAUCCAUCCAAGUUCCGACCAGAGAGAUUCCUUACCGCUGAUGGCACUGCAAUCAAUAAGACCUUGAGUGAGAAGGUGAUACUCUUCGGCAUGGGCAAGCGCCGGUGCAUAGGAGAGGUCAUGGCCAAGUCGGAGAUCUUCCUCUUCCUAGCUAUCUUGCUGCAGCGGCUGGAGUUCAGUGUGCCAGCCGGUGUGAAAGUAGACCUAACCCCUAUCUAUGGGCUGACCAUGAAGCACCCCCACUGUGAGCAUGUCCAGGCACGGCCACGCUUCUCCACCAAGUGAAGAAGGCACCAGCAUGCCAAGGCAGGGGGAGGGGUAAGGAUCAUCUAUGGGGCCUCAACCCUUAUUUUUUUUCCUUUUUCUUAAAUAAAAGCUUUAUGGAGGUAUAAUACACAA